AUGGCCGUAGCAGCGGCGCUUCGCAUGUUCCCGGGCAUCGUGUUCGACCCUCGCGAGCCGGUGCCUCCCCGCUUUGCUCACCUCGUUGACAAUCGCGACGACGACGCUGGCAUCUUUGGCCGUUGGAAUCGCGACCGGAACCCGUGGGGAUUGGGUGAUGGUGGGGUUGGUGGCGGUGGUGGUGGUGGACGAGGGGAAGAUCGUGGCUUCGUCCACCUCGCGCGGGUCGGCCCGCACCAUGGCCCGCACCAUGGCGGCAACGAUCGAUACGGCCAGCAUCGUCGUAUAGAUCCCUGGGCACCGGAACCACACAUCAGGCCCCACGAGCCAGCGCACGAGUACGAGCGGCCGCAACAACCGCGACAGGGCUUCCUCCCGCCGCUGUCCUCGUCUGUCAAGGUCCAGGUCGUCCAUGACACGGCAAAGUUUACCGUCACGCACGUGUUUUGGAACCGCGCCGACACCAUCAAGCAAGGGACAUACCAAUUCCCUCUGCCGCUCGAUGCGACUGUGACCGAGUUCAACUGUCGCAUCGGCGUGAACAGGGUAAUUCGCGGCAAAGUCAAGGGCAAAGAGGAAGCUCGCCGCGACUUUGACAAUGCCGUCCGCCAGGGCCGGACCGGCGGCCUGGUUGAGCAGCAGACGGCCGAGAUCUUCACCAUCAACCUCGCCAACAUCGAGGCCAACACCAAGAUGCGCGCUGAGCUGUCUUUCAUGUGUCUCCUCAAGCACAGGACGUCGAACAACCGCGACGUCUUUACCCUAACGGUGCCGACCUUCAUCGCCCCUCGAUACGGCGACGUGCCCCACGGCGUCGCAGUGGAACAGGAGAAUAGCCACUGGUUGAACUUCGAGGCGGAUAUUCUUACUGCCGACGAGCUCAUCACUGUCAACAGCGACACGCACAACAUCCGGUUCGAGAGAGCCGCCGGACAGCGCGCAUGCCAGACCUGGGACGACUUUGUCAUGCGCCGCGACGACGCAGAAAUGAGCCAAAAGACGGGGAGGAUUCAGCUCGAGGACGGCCGCACCAGUCUUGGCAAGGACUUGGUUAUUACCAUUACCACGGCUCAGUCUGAAAACAGGGAGAACCCGCUCGCGUGUGUCGAGGUCCACCCGGAUCUAGACAACCACAAGGCGGUGAUGCUCACCCUCCCAUCAGAAUAUCUCCUCACAGGAGAAGGGUUUUCUCACGACGGUGAGAUUAUCUUCGUCGCCGACCGUUCGGGCUCCAUGACGGACAAAAUUGAGAGCCUCAAGUCGGCGAUGCUGUUCUUCAUCAAUGGCAUUCCUGAGAAUCGCCCAUUCAAUAUCUGGUGCUUUGGCAGCGAGUGCGAGUACAUGUGGCCGCGCUCCAAGGGGCUUACUGAGCAGACCCGGCAGGAAGCCAUCAACUACGUCCAACGCAACUUUGCCGCCGACAUGGGCGGCACCGACAUUCUCCCUGCCUUGAAGAAGAUUUACGAGUCAAGGGGCGGCUAUCACACCCUCGACGUUGUCGUGCUGACCGACGGCGCCAUCUGGGGUCCGCAGGAAACCAUUGACUAUGUCAAGGAGAAGAGGCUCGUCAGCGAGGGCCUCUUCCGCUGCUUCGCCCUGGGCAUCGGCUACUCGGUGUCUCACGAGCUGGUCGAGGGCCUGGCAAAGGCCGGCGGCGGCUACGCCGAGGUCAUCACCAAUGUCUACGGCGGCGGCUGGGAAGAUAGAGUCGUUGCGGUCCUGAAAUCCGCUCUGGCAGGCCACGUGGGCAGCGUCGAGAUGCAGCUCGAAUGGCACGGGGAAGACGGCCAAGAGCUUGUCCAACCUCCCGUGUCCUUCAAGCAGUCCCCCGCCGACAUCUCCGCCAUCAGCCCCUUUAUCCGCAACCGCGUGUUUCUGCUCUUUGACUCCGGCGUGCAGACGGCGCAGCUUACCGCCGUGAAACUCAACAUCAGAGUACCGGGCAGUGAAGCCGUGACCAAACGAGUGUUACCGAAGCGCCUCCUACAGCCGGACGCCACCCUGCACAAAUUAGCUGUCCGGGCACUGCUCGGCGACCUGGAGCGAGGCGAGAGCUGGCUGCAUCGUCGCCGGGGCGGCGUCGACGAUGCCGUCGUUCGCCAGGAGGCCAUUGACUUGGGCAUGAAGUGGUCGCUCGUGUCCAAGUGGACGAGUCUGUACGCGGUCGAAGAGGAGACUGCAGAGCCACUGGACAUCGAGAUCCCGGACCUUGAGCCGUCUGAUGACGACAACGACGUGCUCCUGCGAGCUCGUGGCGGCGCAAACCAGAACGCUGGUCUGCUGGGACCCGGGGCGACUGCUGGUCGAGGUGGCACUGAGAGCGACCUCGUCUCGGACAGUGAGGAGGAUGACGUCCAGUCGACUCGCGAUGACCGGUCGGACAGUGGGUCUGACGACGCGGACGAUGGAGAUCACGGGCCGGAUGGUGGGGCCGGCGCCGCCGGCCAGCAUGGCGACGGCUCCGGUACAGGUGGGGCCGAUGGGGGACCGGACGGCGACAACGGCGCUGGCCCCGACGCCGCUCCCGACAAUUUCCCUGAUGGUGCUCCUGGUGGCCACCCUGACGAGGCUCCUGAUGGUCCCGGCGAUCGUGGAUCUGACGACGCGGAGUCGCCAAUGUACGACCAGGACGCCAUCCAGAACCUCACUGGAGGCAACGCCGACGCUUUGAACGCACCCAUGGAAGUCAGUGACAACGAUUGGGAAUCGGCGUCUGAGGCGCCCCGAACGAACUCGCAAAUCCACCGCGAUAUGGGCAUGUGGCAGCGAGGCGUGGCGGCGACCGCCGGCCUUGUGCAGCACCAGCGCGCCAGGUCUAGGACCAGAUCGCGGUCCAGGAGUCGGUCGAGGUCGCGAACCCGCCAAAGAAACCACUCUGGCGCCCGCGCUACCGUCCAGGGGACUGCCGCUCUCGGCGCCGCCGUCGUGGCUGCCGGUUUAGCCGCACCAGCAUCCGCGUGGCGAACACGCAGCGGCGGCUUCAGAGACAGGGACCGCGCGAGGUCGAGGUCUUCCAGUCGUCGCAGGAGUUCUCGCUUGAGUCGGAGCCCGGAGAACCCGGCUGUCACCCUCAGAACAUUUGCGCGUGUAGACUGGAUCGAUGACCUCUCCAGCACUGGCUCGGCCAACAGCACGAACAUGGACUGCGAGUUUGGCUCAGCGCCGCCCGCGGACAACCCGUUUGCACCGUCGGGACAGGCUUCCGACGCGUGGGAGUCGACGGCGAGCAAGGAGAAGCCGCUCCCGGACAGCUCCAGCCCCUAUCCGUGGUCCUCCAACCCCGCAGCGAGCAGGUCAACCAGGACUACUACGAGUGCCUUCUCGGCAGGUAGCUCCCUUUUCACGAGAGCAAAAGGGACGUACGGUCUAAAGAAAGCAAAGUUGGCCACCGGCGCCGGCAGCGCGGCCAUUCCUGAAGCCAGCCGCGCCAGCCGGGACGCCGCGCGGGCAGCUGCAAGGGGUGCAUCGCUGUACACCGCCCCGUCAGACUUCCUGAGUGCAGCUACCGCGCCGUUGCCUGCGGCUAGGCACGGCAGCAUGGUCGACCCGACCAGCUUGAGCCACUCGUCGUCGCCCGGCGAGGCAACCGCGCGACCCAGCAGCCGAAGCGAAAAGGAGCGCGAGGCUCUGAGACUGUUCGGGUCGAGGGCAUCCAGAGACACCACCACGUCGACCACGUCUACCGCGUCCCAGGCGUCCUGGUUUCCCAGCACUGGGCCCUCCCUAGCGCCCCCGACUCAGUCGGCCAGCCCGGGGGCCGCUGCGCCUCCCGCCCCUCCGGCGAUGCCCCCGACCCUGUAUCCACCUUCUUCUUCGGCGGCCAGCCCAGGUAGAUGGGGGGCGCUCUUGCAGCGAAUGCCUCCAUCCACGUCUCCGAGCACCACUUCAAUGACCCUGGACUCAGAUGUGUAUCCGUCGUCGAUAUCCCUGGGCUCAUAUGCGUACCCGGCGUCGAAUAUCGCGAACCCGUCGUCGCAGCAGUCCAUCACGCAACAGCCCAUGAUGCAGCAGCCCGUUAUACAGCAGACGCAUCAGCAGUCGUUCUCGCCGUCGUUUUUGCGUUCUUCGGAGCAGCCAACGUAUCCCAGUGCUCCGCCUCCCAGUGCUCCGCCUCGACAGAGCUCGAUAGGUUCUGACGACUCUUGGAACUUCCAGUCCUACUCGACACCAGAUCCAGCAUCCCUGACGAUGGGUUCGGACCCGUUCUUUGGCGCGGCCCCUCCCACGGCGCGCAACCCGACCGGGUCCCAUGGCGGGGGUCAUGUCCCGCGGGCUUCUGCACCCCCGUUAAGCUUUGCCACGUCGCAGGACAGCUAUGCGGGGGGCAACUAUUCACCGUCGGCGUGGGAUGCGUCCCCCUCCAUGCCUCCCGUGAUGAGGGUGUCUCGGCCGGUAAGCAGCUACCCGGAAACGCCGUCCUUGGUCGGCGAGCCGCAGACGGCGUCGGCGCCCGUGUUCAACCCGCCGGCGUCGACGUUCUUCAUGGACAGCGGGCGGUCGGCACCCAAGACGGAGGAGGAGCUCGCGGCGGAGCGGUUCGUGCGGGACAUUCUCACGUUCCAGCGGUCGGACGGCAGCUUCCACUUCCGGGACGACGAGGAGCUCAAGGGGAGCCUGGGGCCGUCGCUCUUCGGGGUGGUGACGGCGCUCCGGCGGUACCUGGCCGGGGACAAGUGCCCGGAGCCGACGAAGCGCCUGCUGGCGGUGGCGGCGGCGGUGGUGGCGCUGCUCGAGGAGCAGUUUGCGGCAUGCCGGGCGCUGUGGGUGCUCAUGGCGGGCAAGGCGACCGACUACGUCACCAGGAACGCGAGGCACGGGCGGGCGGGCAGGCAGCUGCUGGAGGAGGCGAGGCGCAACGUCAAGGGGAUGGGCCAGGUCAUGGGCGAGGUGAGGGACGUGCAGGCGCGGGCCGAGGACGUGAGCGUGUUGACGAGCGCGCCGAUUGUGUCACUGUGA